UAAGUAAUUUUAUGCAAAGACAAUGCUGAACAUAAAUAUGCCUUCUCAUUCUGAAACGGAAAGUAAAAUUAGACAUGUAUAACCAGUCGUGCUUAAUAUGAAAUAAAUAGUUAAAACUAGGCUGCUGUCACGAGUACCCAGAGGUACGCAAAUUACGUAAGCUAUUCGAAACGCAGGUUGCGUUAGAGACGUACUGUAGCUCUACCAAUUGAAAUACAAUAAAAGGUCACAUGAUUCUCCACAAACUUUCGUGUUCUGUCACUUGUUUCGAAAUGGUUAUAUUAAAAGGAAUCCCGUCCAUAAUUACGCCUGAAUUAUUGUAUGUUUUGGCGCAAAUGGGUCAUGGAGAUGAACUAGUUCUUGCAGACGCAAAUUUUCCAACAUCAUCUAUUUGUAAAUGUGGUCCAGUGGAGAUAAGAACGGACGGUGUAGGUAUACCAGAACUUCUGAAGGCAAUUCUGAAGCUUUUUCCUCUUUAUACCUAUGAUGAUUCGGUGGCUGUCAUGGACCUUGUGCACAGUGACAAAUUUAAGGGUCUGAAAGUGCCGGUAUGGGACCAGUACUCUGACCUCCUGAAACAAGCAGGAUCAGAUGGUAACUUCAGAUUUGUUGAACGGUUUGCAUUUUAUGAGCGUGCCAAGAAGUCAUUUGCUGUAGUGGCAACUGGGGAGACUGCACUGUAUGGAAAUCUCAUAAUCAAGAAAGGUGUCAUUCCGCCUGGUGAACAGUGCUAAAAUAAGGAUGUUUGGUACAGCACAUACAGAAAACGUUUAUAUAUAUGUUAUUUAUUUAAUGGCAUCAUUUUAGAUUUUGUAAUUGUUCAAAAAGCUCAAAUUAUUUUCUCUUCAUGUUUUCUGUAAUGUGAUGUUGUAAAAUAAGCAGUAAGGCAAUUUCUUUAAUAAAUAGAUUAGAGAAAAUCAUACAAUAAAAUACUAUUUGAAAAAUACAUUUUUCUUUUCUUUUUUUCCCUGAAAGUUUUGUGAAAUGAAAGUCAGUUCUGUUUAACCUUUAAAUAUUUAAUCUUAAACUUUAAAUAUAACUGGUCAAAUUGAUCUUUUCAUGUCCAGCAUAUGAAUCGCAGUCCACACCUGCACUUUUCAUUUUGUUGUGCAUUGUUCUGUGAAUAAACAGCUGCUUAAUUGA